AUGGAGGCCACCGAGGAGAAGCAAUCACCCUUCCUGCCCAUGUUCGAGACCUUCCGCGCCGAACUAGACGAACACCACGACCGCCGCGAACGCACCAUCAAAGCAUCGCGAGACAUCACCGCUGCAUCAAAGAAGAUGAUUCGCAAACUCGCACAACCGCUUCCUCCGCAUGUCAACAAGAAUAAUGCGCAAUACUACGAUAUCAUCAAGGAGCGCUACAAGAACAUCUCGGGCGACCUGCAAGGCUUGAAUGCAUGGAGAUAUGCACGCAACAUCACCGGUGGAAAUCAAGAAUACAUGGAAGCCGCAAUCUUCCAGCACUACCUCACCACUGGAACUCUGCUCACAUAUGAAGAGUCGGUGGAGCAGCUACGGUCGCUGGGAGGAGAGGGUGGUCCGGUACAAUUGACCGUCGAGGAUUACCUGCUCGGUGUCUUUGAUAUGACUGGUGAGCUGAUGAGAUUCUCCAUCACCACUAUGGCUACGGAUGGAAAACUUCCUUCUGUCGAAGCAAACGAUGAAGCUCCUUCGGUGGAUAAGAUGGAUGUGGAUUCUCAGCCUGGUAACCACAGAGAUGUCUUGACCGACCUCCGUUCGCUACGUUCAGAGCUGGAAGGCCUGAAUGUCGGCUUCGGUAGCUCAUUCGCUCGCGACGUGGACAAGAAGAUGGAUGUGAUGCAGACCAGUGUGGAGAAGGUGGAAAAGGCCCUGUACGGUCUAGUCAUCCGCGGCAGAGAACGACCAAAGGGCUGGAUGCCCGAUCUCGACUCUGGUCCGCGCAGAGAUGUUGAAGUCGAAGGUUGA